UGUACUCAAGAGCAGAUCCUUUUCCUUCUUGUGAUUGACAAUGGUUCGCAAGAAGCUCCUGAUGAAGAAAAUUGAUAAUCCCAGCUCACGUCAAGUAACAUAUUCUAAGCGUAGAGAUGGGAUUGUUAAGAAGGCCACUGAAUUGUCAGUCCUAUGUGGUACAGAUGUUGGUCUUUUGAUGUUUUCUCCUACUGGUCGUUUGACUUGCUUUGCAAGCAAUGGAAGGAUCGAGGAUAUCUUUCUUCGUUUUCUGGACCGGCCUAAUGAAUUACGAGGAGGACCAAUUGAGAAUGCCGAGGUAAAUUUUCUUUCUGUCUCUGUUCUCUCUCUGUCUCUGUCUCUCAUGGGAAAAUUUACUUGGGUGUGCUGUGAUUUGUAUGUGCAGAAUCUAUCUGGAAGCCUCAAGAAUUUGAAGUAUGAAGGGGAAAUCAUGGAAAAGAUAGAGAAGUUUGACUCUUUCUCUCUUUUUGUCGACACAUGUACACACACGAACACCCAACUUUCAUCUGUCAAUGUCUUUCUUUCUGAUGACAACAAUUCAUGUUGUUCUACUCUUGAGGAAAAACUCCAUGAACUUAAUCAGCUGCAAGAGGAAACACAGGAAAAAAUAAGGUCUUACAAUCCGGAUGUGGAGAAGAUAACCUCAGUUCAUGAAGCUCUACUUCAUCAGGAGUUCCUUACUGAUGCUAUUCAACGUAUAGAGCAGCUGAAAGGAAAGGUGCUUGGUAAACACACUGAGCCACAGAAACCUGAGAGCAUUGAGAUACCUGCUCUUGAUAUAAAGGAUGCAGACUUGAUGACUGAAGACUCUGUAGAUUCUGAUGGAAGGAGGAAUCCAUUGCUGGAUGAUCAUCACCUGCAAGAGACACUUUUACCAUUGGGACCACACCUAAGUAUUGACUACCUGAAAGCACAAAGCCACUGGAGCCUUCAACGUGGUGGCACAUCCCAAGGUUGAACUUCAAGUGAGGGUGAAUUGUCUAAGAGGCUCGAGCAAGAGUAUUUUCAUUGUGAAGCAGGAUUUUGCAAAGGAAAGAUCUUACCAUUAUAGCAGUAGACAUAAUAUCUGUUACUGGAAAAUGUUCUGCACUUCUUGUGUUUUAGUCCUGGUUUGAAAUCUAAAUAUGUUGACUGUUAAUCUCUGCAACAUGGUUUGCUGUAUAAUUCUCAAAACAAAAGAGGCGUAUUUGAUGGUGUUGAAAAUUGUAAGGCUCUGCUGUGUUUAAUGUAUCUUUCUUAUUGCAACUCAUCAAUGUUGUGUGGGCCAAUGGAAGUUGUCAUGACAAAUAUAUC